UUCGCCUCGCCCUUUGCCAAUGGAUCGCUUCCAUUGUUUACCCUCCUCACUUUUUAGAUUUACGUAUAUUUUUUUUUAGUUUUAGUUUCAGUUUUUUUUUAUUUUACUAUUACACAAUUUAUAAUUUUGUUUAUCGAUUUAAAAUUAACACUAUUUAAUUUUUGUAUUACAUACCUUUUACUUUAGUAAGUUUACCGGUUUUUUUAGAAUGGCUCCGAAAAAGAGAGAAAAAGAAAUAGACAAAAACCGAAUGGAUCACGCACAAGCUGAUCAUGAACUUUUCCUACAAGCAUUCGAAAAACCUACCCAGAUUUACAAAUAUUUAAGGAAUCGUAGUUUGUUUUCGCCAUUAUUUUUAGUCAGAACUUUAAGCUACAUGAGAGCUAAUCGUCCAAAACCUAAGCGUCCAAAAAAGAAAUUAGACAUUGAUUCAUUGUUAAGUAAUGUAGAAAAUCAAGUUUAUGAAAAGAAAACAUUUAACAAACGAUAUUUGACAAUAAGUUAUAUUGGAUAUUUUGAUGAUAAAAUGAAUAAUGCAAAUGGACCUGUUAAAGUUGAAACUACACUUGUGAAAAUCUGUCACAAAAAACGGAAAGAUGUUUGCCCAUAUACAAUGGUAUCUUUUGGCUUAUCAUCUGUUCCUGUCAACCCAACUUGUUCUCAAUUAACAUCACAAUCACCAAUAGUGUCUAUUCCUGUCGAAUCAGUUAAUACACAAGGACAUGUAUCCAAAUCACAUCAUUUAUUAGUAAGAGUUAUAAAUGUGAUUUCAAAUUCAGAUUCCGAAAACACCGAGCCGAGUCAAAAAAAAAGAAGAAUGAGUAUUAAAGAGGGUAAUGGUAUAGUUAAAAAAGAAAUUGGUGCAAAUUUAAUUAUACACGACAAACAAAAUCGAUGCUUGCUUAAAGAUGGUGAUUAUGAUUGUCUAAUAGAAGAAAUCAGUGGUGAAAGUCCUAAUUUAACUACAGGAAAAUCGUGUUCAUGGGAACGUCUCAAAGAAGUAAGAGCUGGACCACAAUUUAGUGCAUUUGAAAGCCGUAAAAAGAUCAAGCUUCGUUUAAAGUGGUCAACAGAGCCUAAUAGUACUACUGUUGUAUAUCCUCUUGUUGAUAAUAAAGAAAAUAAUUGGCCAACAUCAAAUUCUAGAAGAAGUAGCAGUGUUCAAAAUGCAAAUGGUUCUCUGGAUUCAUCAUCUAAUAAGUUGAAAAUAGUAUACCAAUUCUUGUACAAUAAUAAUAGCCGUCAACAGACUGAAGCCAGUGAAGAUUUACACUGUCCAUGGUGUACAUUGGAUUGUUUUACAUUAUAUGCAUUACUUAAGCAUUUGAAGUUAUGUCAUGCCCGGUUUACAUUUUCUUAUGUUCCAACAGGAUCUGGUGCACGAAUUGAUGUUGCUAUAAAUGAACACUAUGAUGGUUGUUAUAUUGGUAGUCCACAAGAUUUAAUUGCACAACCACAACGGGACGAAUCAAAGAAUGUUGGUUAUCGUAUAACUAGAGUUGGUCCUGUUAGACGUACAGUUGUAUCAAAAAUUGUAGUUUGUCACCCAAAAAGACUAAGGCGUGCUUCUUUAUCUGAGUUUCUACACGAACUAGAAGAUACUGAUGGAUAUGAUGGUCAAAGACCAUAUGUUACUGGACAUAAUAGAUUAUAUCAUCAUACAUCAACAUGUCUUCCUAUUUAUCCACGAGAAAUGGAUGUAGAUAGUGAAGAUGAAAGUGAUCCUAUAUGGUUGAGGAAAAAGACUGCAAUGAUGAUUGACGAAUUUACCGAUGUUAAUGAUGGCGAAAAAGAACUAAUGAAGAUGUGGAACCUUCAUGUUAUGAGAGAAGGGUAUGGUUUUGUCGGUGAUUGUCAAAUAUCAUUAGCUUUAAGCAUGUUUGUUGAAUCUAAGGGUAGAUAUAUACUUAGAAAAAACCUAUAUAGAAAUUUUAUGUUACAUCUGUGCAACUUGUGUGACUUACGUCUUAUAAGUCCAGUGACCUUCUAUACAACCAUACAAAAAUUACAAGAUAUUUUAGCAGUUGAUUCAGAAGCUAGUAAUGUAUUAUAUGAAUCUUUUGAGGCUCAGCGAAAGUAUUGGCGUGAGGAAGGUGCUAAAAAGGCAGAAGAUCGUACUGAAAUUAGGUGUUUGGUACAAAGUCCAUUGCAGUCGGACAUUGGUACUAGACGUAAACCUGCUGGAUCAUUUUACCCAUUAAAACUUCAAGAUAAAUUAAAAGGAAAAGUAAUUAAACAACAAAAUGGCCGUAAAGGAGGAACUUCUACAAGACAAAAUCCACCUGCUACCAAAAAUGCAAAUAUUGUUGAAGAAAAGAAACUUGAUAAAAAAAGUGACAAAAAGGGAGGGUCUACAACUAGAUCUCAAUCUGCUGUACGAACUGAUAAGCCAGAAAAAUCAGCAGAAAAACGUAAUAGCACAUCUUUAAAUGGUGAAGAUCAUAAAAUAUCUGCAACUCUCACAGUGCGACGUAGGACUUUCCCUAUAUUGACUGAUAAGAAAAAACCAGUUCCUGAAAAAUUGCCAACAAAUGUGUCUGAAUCUAUAAGGCGAAAGUAAAUAGGUAAUUAUUGUUGUGAUAAUUUUGAAAAAAAUUGUUAACAAAUUAAAUCAAAUUUCCCAAAAUGUCUAAAAUGAGUUAUUCACUAUUGUAAUAAAAAUGUAAGUUUAGAUACAACUAUAAGAAGUUCUUAUUUUUGUGAUUAUAUAGUUUGGCUUUAUUAUUUUUAAUCUUUGUACAGUGGAUAGAAAAAUCUAAGGACUUGGUCUUAUAAUUAAUAAUUAGUAAAUAGGUAAUUAUUGUUGUGAUAAUUUUGAAAAAAAUUGUUAUCAAAUUAAAUCAAAUUUCCCAAAAUGUCUAAAAUGAGUUAUUCACUAUUGUAAUAAAAAUGUAAGUUUAGAUACAACUAUAAGAAGUUCUUAUUUUUGUGAUUAUAUAGUUUGGCUUUAUUAUUUUUAAUCUUUGUACAGUGGAUAGAAAAAUCUAAGGACUUGGUCUUAUAAUUAAGAUUGUUAAAUCAUUUUCGUACUAGUUACACCAAAAAUGCUUUAAAAUAAUUGUUCCAUAGAACAAAAAAAAACUUACAAUAUGUUAUUAUUAUUUAAAAAUUAUAACAUCAUAUUAUAUAAUUAAAUAGAAUUUUAAAUGUUAUUUACUAUAUUAGGAAUAAUAUUUAUUUGUCAUAUAAUUGUAAUACUUCAGUUGGUAUUCAUAUGUUUAUGUUAUUGUUUUCCAAUCAGUAUAAUCAAACAAUGAAUGCUAAAUGAAAUACUUUCUAAUGAUUUAUAAGUAAUAUGUAUUAUGAUAAUAUUAAAUAUAAAGUAUUGUCUCAAUUUUUUUCCUCAUUCAAGUACAAUUUAUAUAUAAUUUGGAAGUUACCAUGUAAUACUGAAUUAUUUAUUGUUCACAGUUUUGCAUUUUUAAUUUAUUUUAAAAAUAUAAUAUAUUGCAUACUUGAUUAUGAUCAAUAUUACCAUAAAACAAUGGGACUUUAUGUACAAUUAAUAAUCAAAUACAAAAUAACUAAUUUUAAUACAUUUUUGAGGGAAAGGAGGAGGGGGUAAAUACAUUUUAACAUUUUCUUUAAACUGCUGUUUUAUAAAAAAAAUUAAUUUAAUUGUAGCUACCAAAACAGGGUUAUCGUUCCACUGUGCAUUGAUUAAAUAAUAAAUAUUUUUCAUAAUUGGAGUAAUUUUUAAUUAUGUAUAAUAAAUUAUAACAAUUGUAAUACUAAAUUAUAUACUAUUCAAAUUAAAAUAGGCUCUUUAAAAUUUGUAUUUUAUCUACGAGUACAGUAUUUUUUGGUUAUGUGUUAUAAUGUGCAAUAUAGCAUAACAGUAUUUGCAUACAAUCACUCAUUUAAAAACAAUCUAUAAAAUAUGAUAGAGUUUCAAUAUCAUAGAACUAGCACUAGCAAUCUGGAUAAUGUGUACAAUUACAGAUUGUAGUUACUAGCUUUACAGUCUUACAUAAUUAUGUAUACCUACUUUUAUUAUUUUAAAGAUUUUUUUUAUCUAUUAAGAGUGCAACUGUUAGAUAUGUUAAUCCUAAUAAUUAUUUACUAAACAUUAGAUAUUAACUUAGAUAUUUUAAAUUUUAUAUAAUGGUUUAGUUAUUUAUAUGAUUUAAAAUUAUAAAUAUAUCACCGAAGUAAUUGGUUUUAUAUAUAAACAUAUUUGAAAAUAACUUAGUAGUUUUUUCUUCGUUAAGACAUGUUGUCCUAUAUGAAGUUAUUUAUUACUUACACUAAAUAUAAAACACUUGUUGCAUAAACCUUUUAUUUUAAUGAUCGAUGAGAUAAAUAACUAAGCCUACAAAUAUGUACACAAGUAGUUAUAAUAUAUAUUAUAUACUUCACAUUGGGUUUGAAUUAAAAAACAUUACAUUUUAGUUUUGGGUAUGUUCACAUAAUAUUUAUACAGGGUUUUUUUUCAUAAAUUUAUGCUUGUCUAAUUAUUUAUUAUUCUUUUAUACUUCGUCAAUGUCUAUUAUUUAAUUUGAAAUAAUUACUAAUUAUUUUUUUUUUGUGAAUUAAAUAUUUCUAUCUCUAGUAAGUCAUAACUUCAACCAUUUUAAUGUUAAAUAAAUACUUUAUUUAAAAAAAUAAUUUUAAUUUAAAUAAUAUUGCACUUUAAACAUGAUUGAUAAAUGUAAUGACAUUAAUUAUCAUUAGAUCUUUAAGUUAGACUGAAGGUAUUUAUUCAAUUUAGAAUAAAAUAAAAAAUUUUAAGGCCAAGACAGUAAUGAUAUUGAAAAAAAAAAUAGUUAAAUAUCUUAUUCUGUUGCCGAUGAAAUAUAAUUUAUGAUUCUCAUAUUUGAAAAUAAUAAAACUUAAAAAUAUCCUUAUAAAAAAAACUAUAUAUUUAAACAAAAGGAUUAUUCAAGCAAAUAAUUUAUUAUGAAUUAUAAUUUAUAAUAUAUAAAAUCUUUAUUUUUAUUUUAAAGUUUGGAUUUAUUUAUUAAAACUAAAUAUUAAGAGUUCUCAAUAAAUGAAUCAAUUUAUAAUUAAUAGUUAGUCAAAAAUACUAGUAAUUUGUUUUCUUUUUCACUGCCUUUAGUUCACUGCCUUAGUAUCUAGAUAAUGGUAGGUAUUUAAUUAUAAUUUAUAUUAUUUAUUUAUGGACCAAAAAAAAAAAAAAAAUCAGUUAAAACCAACUUAAAAAUAUAUAUAUUAUUAUGUUAUAAUAUUUAAUGUAUAUAUUAUUAUAUUAUAAAUUAAAGUAUAUUAACUGUAUUAGUAUGUACAAAUAUAAUAUCAAUAUGUGAUUUAUAUUAUAUUAAAAAUAUUGUGUCCAUAUUAUGUGGCUUUUACAUUAUAUUAUGAAAAUUAAAUUGUUUAAAAUAUUGGUAUGCACAAUAGGACUGAUUCAAAAAGUACUAUGAUUUGGUGGUAGUAUGCAAAUUAUCUUUUAUAAUAUAUUUUAUGCAAGUGCAGUUAAAUCGAUCAAUUUUUCUUUGUAUGAUGCGAUAAAUGUAUGUUCCAUUUUUAAAACUAUUAUUAGUUUUUCAUCCUAUAAUAAAUUGUAACUUAAUCUUAUUGUUUACCUUCAUGACACCCUAAAGGAAAUUGGUGUCUAGAGACCUCUUUAAGUAAUUGUAGAAAGAAAAAAAUUAUUACUUUAUGAUGAGUUCUGAUUUUGAAGUAGUGUCACUGGUCACUCUUUAUACAAGCAUAACAUUGUCUAUUUAUUCUGUAACAUGACUUUUACUUAUUGUAUUGUAUGUAUUAUCGUUUUAUGCAAAAAGUGAUCAAGUUUGCACAUUAGCAAUUAUAUUGUGAUGUAGUUAUGAAAAAAUUUACCAAGUUAAAAAUAAAAAAAUUAUAAUUAUUUUGUCAGUCAGAUCACUUUUUGCAUGAUGACGAUGGUAUACAGAUUGUUAAAAUUACAUUCAUUUGAAAUAAAUAAAAAAAAAAAAUUAAAAACUA